GACUCCCGGGUCCGGGUUGCGAACUGUCCCUCCGCGUCCCAUCGCUGUUCCAGUCUCAGGAUGCAGAAUGUGAUCAACACGGUGAAGGGAAAGGCUCUGGAAGUGGCCGAGUACCUGACCCCGGUCCUCAAGGAAUCAAAAUUUAAGGAAACAGGUGUGAUCACCCCAGAAGAAUUUGUGGCAGCUGGAGAUCACUUAGUCCACCACUGUCCAACAUGGCAAUGGGCUACAGGGGAAGAAUUGAAAGUGAAGGCAUACCUACCAACAGGGAAACAAUUUUUGGUAACCAAAAAUGUUCCAUGCUACAAACGGUGUAAACAGAUGGAGUAUUCAGAUGAAUUGGAGGCAAUCAUUGAAGAAGAUGAUGGUGAUGGGGGAUGGGUAGAUACAUACCACAACACAGGCAUUACAGGAAUUACUGAAGCAGUUAAGGAGAUUACACUGGAAAGCAAGGACAGUAUAAAACUCCAAGAUUGUUCAGCAUUGUGUGAUGAGGAAGAAGAGGAAGAUGAAGGAGAAGCUGCAGACAUGGAAGAAUAUGAAGAGAGUGGAUUGUUGGAAACAGAUGAGGCCACAUUAGACACAAGAAAAAUAGUAGAAGCUUGUAAAGCUAAAGCUGAUGCUGGAGGGGAGGAUGCUAUAUUGCAAACGAGAACUUAUGACCUGUACAUUACUUACGACAAAUAUUACCAAACACCACGGCUAUGGUUGUUUGGCUAUGAUGAGCAACGGCAACCUUUAACAGUUGAGCACAUGUAUGAAGACAUCAGUCAAGAUCAUGUGAAGAAAACAGUGACCAUUGAAAACCAUCCUCAUCUUCCACCACCUCCUAUGUGUUCAGUUCACCCCUGCAGGUCUGGGUGUACAUAUGCAUAUGGGGAAAGAGAGAGAGUUUGUUUGUUGUUGCAUGCUGAAGUGAUGAAGAAAAUUAUUGAGACAGUUGCAGAAGGUGGGGGAGAGCUUGGCGUUCAUAUGUAUCUUUUAAUUUUUUUGAAAUUUGUACAAGCUGUCAUUCCAACAAUAGAAUAUGACUACACAAGACACUUCACGAUGUAGUGAAGAGGACAUAGAGUCUAUCCUAAUUACUGGUUUUGAUUUUUAAAGAAUUAAAACAUAGAUGUGACCAUUGACCAUACUUACCAAUAAGUAUAAUUUCUCUAAUAAAGGGACUUAUAUGUUUAUGCAUUAAAUAAAAACUGUUCCAUUACCAGCCUUAUUUGUUUAAUAAAAAUGAGUGUGAAGAAA